CCAGCAUCCUUGCUGUUGCUGCCAUGGCCGCACCUACUGUGCUUGACAGAGAUACCUCGAGCUCUACGCUCGUUCGCCGCAAGAACACAAACAAAUGUGAAGCCCACAUUCACCUCGACUCUUCCAACGGACUCUGUGGCAACUCUUGCACCGACAAGUACAACAUCGACCUCCUCGACAACGCAGUCCCCGCCCAAGCCUUUGGAAAAACCUGGGACUGGUCCAGCGUCGGCACUUGGAGCGCCACCAACCCUGACUACCAGAUCAAAAUCGGCACCACCAGAGGUCCCGAGCUUUGGAUCGACGGCCGCAUCCCUAGUGGCUUCAUCACUGAUUCUUGGAGAAGUUCGUUCACUCUUCAUUAUGGUGAUCAACAUUGGAACUCGCACGAGUGUGAGAACUGGGCGUACAAGGGCCCGAAGAUCAGUAAUGGACAACGCCAUGAAUUUGACCUUUGGUGUGAGUUUGACUGCUAGGAGGGUCGGUGAGGUGACAAGACCUGCACGCACCUUCCACCAUACUGCAGUCUCUGGACUCGGUGGUGACUGCUUGAAGAAAAGACAGAGUGCUUGAUUUAUCGCGGAUGUUUCUCUUUCUGAUUUCUUUUCUUUCUUUUUGCGCAUGAUUGAUUUUCUAGCUCCUCAAUGUAGCUCCUCAGAAACUGGCAGAUAUUACACAUUCGUUCAGACGUAGUAGAUAUUUCUUUCUUAUCCAAUCCU